GAGGGCUUUUUCAAAAAGACUGUAAUUUUUGAAAAAACCCAUUAACUUGAUUUUGAAUUUCACGUCCCAGAUGACCUCAAGUGGGUUGUCCCCAGGUGAUUUAAUUUUGGAGGACUUUUUCAAAAGAUUGCAAGUCUCUGAAAACCCAUUAACUUGAGUUUGAAUUUGUCGCCUAAAUGACCUCAAGUGGGCCAUUGUAACAGGGAUUGGAUAGUGAUACAGUUGCUUUGUUUGGGAAGCUUUCAUUGCAUCUUCUUCAUUGUCAUUAAAUUCCAUCCUUUCCAUUCGGUUGCCAUCGAAAAGAUAUUAUUCAUUUAUUAAAUAAAUUUGAUAAUCAAUUUUAUAAUAUUUUUGGAAAAUAUCAUACUUUUUUGGGAUGGUUGUAUCAUGUAUGAAGAUUGUCCCUUGUAUUCCUAUAAAUAUGGGUUUGAAAUUGUUCGGAUGAGCAUUCUGUUUCUGGGAUUUGCAGAUUUGGGUGUCUCUGGCCGUGAACAUACAUUUCUCCAGCUUGGGGUCUAAUGUAAGCCUGGUAUCAGGCUUGGUGUAAUGCUGUGAGCAACAAGAGUCUUUUCUUAAGACACGGGAAUUUCUUUGCAUCAAUGGAUGACAUUUUGGCCCGUCUCUUUGCCUUUACUUCUUAUAUAGGCAGUCGAUUCAUUCACUAUAUUGAGGAUCUAGUCUUCCGAGAUGUCAACAGAUGCUCAGAAAAUUUGGUGGCCAUUUUUUCUGCUCAACAGCCAGGACCAUCAAGUUACAGCAAUAGCAUAUCUGCUUCUGAGGCUUGUUCAUCUUCUCCAAGACCUUGCAAUGCUAGUACAAGUCUUGGGAUCCAUGAAACAAGAAUGUCAUAUCUCAAGAGGCAGUUGCUUGUAAAUUCAAGAUUCAGAAUUGUAAAAAGUAAUUUUUGUUCUUGGGGUGUCCGCUUCAUUUUUAAAGGGUUGACGCUCCCUUCAUGUGGUCUCAGAUUUGCUUGGAGGGUGGCAUUGGCCUCGUGGAAAUUUACUUUUCGUUAUGUUAGAUGUACACAAGUUCGCUUGAGGAGCAUUAUCUCCCGUAUGCGGAUAACUUGGUGUGGUUCUUCUGAUGACAUUGGAUGGUUGCAACGAGAUCCUCGAAUGGCUCCUGUGGAGGAUGGUUCAGGUAGAUUUCUGGAAUUGCUACAAGGCAUAAGGAAUGGAGAGCACAAGCUGCCCGAUUCAUAUGUUUAUCUGCUAAUUCCAGGGCUUUUUAGCAAUCAUGGUCCCUUAUAUUUUGUGAGCACCAAGAGGUUCUUUUCAAAGAUGGGUUUACCUUGCCAUAUUGCAAAAAUUCACAGCGAGGCACCAGUGGAGCACAAUGCAUGGGUAUUGAAGCAAUACAUUGAGGAGCUGUACUGGGGGUCUGGCAAACGAGUGAUGCUGCUUGGUCACAGCAAGGGUGGGAUUGAUGCUGCUGCUGCUUUGUCUCUUUAUUGGUGUGACUUAGAGGACAAAGUUGCUGGAUUGGCGGUGGUGCAAUGCCCAUUCGGUGGCACUCCUGUAGCUUCUGAUAUUCUUCGUGAGGGCCAGAUAGCUGACAAGGAAACCCGGAGGAUCAUGGAGCUCAUUAUAUGCAAGCUCAUAAAGGGUGACAUGCGGGCAUUGGAGGACCUGACAUAUGAGAAACGGAAGAAAUUCAUUAUGACGCACAAGCUACCCCAAAAUAUUCCUCUUAUCUCCUUCCACUCUGAAGCGGGUGUAGCACCGGGUGUCAUUACCACAUUGGCCCACAUUGCACACGCAGAACUUCCUUGGUUCCCUUUUCAUAGUCUUGGCAGUGAGGAGUCUGAAUUUGUUGUCCAAGGGGGGAGGAGGGUGCCAGUGGUGUUUCCUUUGUCUGCUGCAAUGGCUGUGUGUGCACUGCACCUGCGACUAAGGUAUGGCGAGAAGAGUGAUGGGAUGGUUACAUGCCGUGAUGCUGAAGUUCCAGGCUCGGUUGUCGUGAAACCAAAUUGGAAACUUGAUCAUGGAUGGAUGGUUUUCUCUUCGUGGAAGAACGAUCAAUGUGAGAAUGGUGCCUGUGAAAUUUCUGAGGCUCUGUUGACUCUGCUUGUGGAGCUUGGCAAGGGAAGGAAUGGAGAUAUAGGUUAGGAAGUAAUACUUCUGAGAAGUGUUUUCUUGCUUAAAGUUCUACUCUCUUGGAAACAACUUGUAUAAUGAAAUGAAAUGGCAACAAAUGUUGCUUAAUAGCUGCAAAUCUGACCAGUCCUUGCACUUGCUUAAUUUUAGUGCUUUGAAUAGUCUAUGGGAAUGCUAUUUGAUUAUUUUGUCUAUAAAUGGCC